UAACUUUUCAUUAAAUUAAUGUGUAACAUGGAAGGUUGAUGGCAUGUCGUCGACGUUGCCAUAAUCAGCUUAUGCUACUCUGCGGAGUCUUAGCAUUCCUAGCUUCAGUGCAAAUAGUCCGUGUAUAUGCUUAUAAGCAUGGAUUAGGUCAAUCAAUUCUGUCUUACGUGCCUUGCAAGGCAUUUGGAGGCAGUAUAUCUUUCCAUAAUCAGCGAUAUCGCCUCUUCUCUGCUGAUGAUACCAAUGAAGCUCUGAAUAAAUCUAUAGGAGGUGAUGUAUCUACAGACGUGUAUGUAGAGCCAUCGAGACAGGUACCGCAAUAUCUACAACAUGAGCCAGUACUGCUUAAAGAAGCAUUGGAUAUGCUCGUUAUCGACCCCGAUGGAAGAUAUUUAGAUCUAACUUUGGGGUAUGGAGGUCAUACAGAGGCGAUACUGAAGUUAUUAUCCCCAAAGGGGGUGUUAGUGGCACUUGACAGGGAUCCAGAGUCGGUGUACUACACAUCCAAACGAUUGGAACAAUACGUUAGAUCCAAGCAGCUAGUUCCGGUUAUUGGCACCUUCAGCAACUUAAAUUCAGUGCUUGAGUCAAACAACCUACCCCUAAAAGAUUACACCGGGAUAAUCGCUGAUCUGGGUAUAUCUACACAUCAGCUGGAAGAUCCGAAGCGUGGUUUUGCGUACAAUACUGAUGGUCCGCUGGAUAUGCGGAUGUCAAAUCCGCUGUACGACCCCUUUAACCCGAGAGAUGAUAUCGUUAAGCCAAAUUUGGACACGGGUAACAUCGCCUUCAAGCUGAUCAACAAAGGUAGAGAGCAGGAUAUAGCAUAUGUACUUCGUGAAUAUGGAGAGGAGCCUAGGGCUAUCAUUAUCGCACGCAGGAUAGUAGAGAAAAGGCAACGUCUUGGAGAGAUAGCUACGACAUUCCAGCUACGUGAUAUAGUGCUAAGUUGCGUAAGAGGCAACCAUAAAGCUGGGAUGAAGACUCUUUCAAGGGUGUUCCAGGCACUGCGAAUAUACGUAAACAAUGAACUGGAUGAACUUGCUCAUUUGUUAGAUCAUGCUCCAUCUAUAUUAAACCCGAAGCAAGGAAGAUUUGUGGUUAUAUCAUACCACUCACUAGAGGACAGAGCCGUUAAGCAUGCUUUCACUGGGUUGCAGAAACUUAAGACCAUGUCGAAUGACAGUUACAAAGUAAUCACCAAGAAAUGUGUUACACCUACUCUAGAGGAAUGCACAUCUAACCAAAAGGCAAGAUCUGCUAAACUACGGUGUUUAGAAAGGUCAAUGGCGGCCCCUUAGUGCAUUGCGGUACGUAAACCGGGCAGGAACUACUAUCAGUAUACUUCUAGUAACC